AUGGGCAGGGAAAAUCAGACAUGGGUGAGGGAGUUCAUCCUCCUGGGCCUGUCCAGCUGCUGGGAGACUCAGCUGUCCCUCUUCUUCCUUUUCCUGGCCAUGUAUCUGGUGACCGUGCUGGGGAACUUCACCAUUAUCCUCCUUAUCACGCUGGACAGCAGCCUACAAACGCCCAUGUACUUUUUCCUCAGCGUCCUGUCACUUGUGGACAUCUGUUAUACCAACAGCACUGUCCCGCAGAUGCUGGUUCACUUUCUGUCGGCCCGGAAGUCCAUCCCGUUCCCCAGCUGUGUGCUCCAGCUCCACGUGUCCCUGGCGAUGGGCGGCUCUGAGUUCUUCCUGCUGGGAGCCAUGGCCUAUGACCGCUAUGUGGCGGUGUGCCACCCGCUGCACUACACGGUCAUCAUGCAUGCAGGGCUGUGCCUGGGGCUGGCUGCCGGCAGCCUGGUGGCUGGUUUCAUGAAUUCCCUGAUGCAGACAACCAUCAUCUUUCGGCUGCCUUUGUGCCGCAAUGUCAUUAAUCACUUCGCUUGUGAGAUGUUGGCCGUGCUGAGGCUGGCCUGCGCCGACAUCUCAGUGAACAGGGUCAUGGUGGCCAUCUCAGGGUUUCUGGUGAUCAUGCUUCCCUGUUCCCUGGUCCUAUUCUCCUACGGUCAUAUAGUCUCUGCUAUUCUGCGCAUUCGCUCUGCCCAGGGACGUAGCAAAGCCUUUGAGACCUGUGCCUCCCACCUCACUGUGGUUUGCAUGUGCUUUGGAACGGCCAUCUUCACGUACAUGAGACCUGCAGCCAGCUCCUCGGCAGAACAGGAGAAGAUGGUGGCGCUCUUCUACGCCGUGGCAACACCAAUGCUGAACCCCUUGAUCUACAGCUUGAGGAACAAGGAGGUGAUGAGUGCCCUAAGGAGAGUACUGAGAAAACUCAGUGAAACCAGGUAA